AUGACGACCACCAACACGGCCGAGCUGGAGCGGCCGACGGGCGAGUACCGCCAGUAUCUGCCGGACUUGAAUCUCAAGCGGUUCCAGGUGAUGUGCCAGCAGGAUGCGCAUGAAUAUGCGCAUGAUUUCAAGACGCUGCAUAAUCCGCCAUGGCUGCAUGCGCUGUAUAUGCAUUGGCUGGAGUUGUUGCAGGAGCCCUUCAAGGGCGUGACUACAGAUGGCCAGGUCCGACCAGGUCUUUUCGCAUUACAAGAGGAAGACGUCCCGAUCCAGCAAAUCGUCGACGCAACAGAAGCCGUGACAGCCCGCCUAAGCGACAAGCAGAAAGAAGCACUAAGCUACCACAUCGACUCCCCACACUGGCGAACAUGGUCGAACCCAGAGUUCCUGCUCAGCAACAAGGGGCUGCGCCUCGACGAAGUAGACACACCCACGCGCGACGCAAUCAUGAACGUGCUAAAAGUAACGCUGUCCGCCGAGGGCUACGACAAGGCCAUCAAGGCCAUGCGCAUCAACCACUUCCUCGGCGAGCUGGUGCAGUCGCCGGCCGUCAUGAACGAGUUUUCGUACAACUUCGUCCUUUUCGGACGGCCGUCCGUGACGCGGCCAUGGGGCUGGUCGUUCUACGGCCACCACCUGUGCCUGAACAUCUUCCUGUACCGAGGGCAGAUCGUCGCGUCGCCGUGGUUUACAGGCGCCGAGCCGAACGAGAUCGACGCGGGCCCGCAUGCCGGCACGCGGAUCUUGCAGGUCGAGGAGCAGCUCGGCUUACAGCUUAUGCAGUCGCUCUCUGCGGAUCUGCAGACACAAGCCCGCGUCUAUGCUCUUAUGAAGGACCCGGCUAUGCCGCCCGGCCGCUGGAACCGCGAUGACCAGCGCCACCUGUGCGGCGCGUACCGCGACAACCGCGAGGUGCCAUACGAGGGGAUCCGGGCAUCGACCUUCUCCGAUGACCAGAAGGCGCUGAUGUAUGGCAUCCUCGAACAGUACCUGCUGUACCUGCCGGCCAAGUCGCGCGCCAUGAAGCUCGACAACGUGCGCCGCUACGAGGCGGAAACGCAUUUCUGCUGGAUUGGAGGUUAUGGCAACGAUGACCCCUUCUACUAUCGCAUCCAGAGCCCGGUUAUUCUGGUCGAGUUCGAUCACCACUCCGGUGUCUUUUUGAACAAUGAAGAGCCGAAGAAGUUUCAUAUCCAUACCCUUUUGCGCACCCCCAAUGGUGGUGACUAUGGCUAUGCGCUGCGGCCACAGAUUCCGGCUGUGGAGGGCUUGAAUGGGAAAGAAAUCGUUUGGUAG